GGUUUGGUUUACGUAGGGAUUUGUCAAUCUUUGUCAACUUCACGAUCUGCGUUAUAAACUGCUGCCGUUAAUAGGCAUGGAGAUAUAUCAGUAUGGCAGAAAGCUGUGUAGCAAUGACUGUUGUCAGACAGCAGAGGGGAUUUUUACUGGGGAUUUUAGUGGGGAAGUCCCAGGCUGAUCACGAGACGUAUAGUGGUUGUUGCGCAGUAAAUUAUCAAGGUUCACACCACUACUACCAUUUCAAACAAACCAUUUCUCCACAAAGCGGCUUGGCAACCAAUCUACAGACAUGAAGCAUUGUCCAAGUGGUCAGUACUAUGACGAGGUUGUGAACAGGUGCCAGGGAUGCGAAGACAUCUGCUACUGGAUUUACCAGAAGGAUCCUGACUCAGACUGCAACAAAUUCUGUCCAGGGUUCUCCCAAGGCGGACAUCCUGGACAGGAUGGGUCGGCAUCUACUCCAGUGAAUGUACCGAUGCUUGUUUCCAUCAUAGCGGGUGUUGUGGUUGUGGUCAUAGUACUUGUGGUACUAUGGAGGCGGUUCCGACGUCGAGAUCAGACUCCCUCCAUAGUUGUCCAGGAAACGACCCUUGUUGCCCAGCCCAGUGACAGCUCACCUGAAAUGGGCUUCGCAGAACUGUGUAUAGGAAGCAACUCUGGAGAUCAUCUGUUGACUGGUUCCGACUAUUCUGGAAAUUAGACUUGCAAUCUGCUUACCCUCUGUGGUAGAUAAGACUCCCAGUACCCCAUGCUUGUUGUAAGAGGCGACUAAAAUGAGAAUUAGGUGGUCACAAUGACUGCUGAAAAUAGACAGGGACUGGAUGAAUGAUCACAUGGGGAGACCAUUUCUCGACUGGGGCCUCGCUGACUGACGUACACCAAUAGGUGGCCUCAUGCUCAUACCAUCAGUCACUGGCUUGUUCUCCCGUCCAGCUGAUGAGCAAGCCAUGGUGUUCAUAGCUUAAACAUUGCUGACAGCUGUGUUCAGCUCAGCCCUGAGUCUGUGGCGAGUCCAGAGCGGAGCAGCCCCAAGCAUCCCGUGCUUGUUGUAAGAGGCGAAUAAUAUGAGGAUAUUGUGAUCCAGAUAUGUGACCUUGUUGGUGUGAUCAUGACAAAAUACUGAGUGGGUCAGUGCCCAACUAUUACCGUAGUCCUGCUAUAUGACUUAAAUAUAGACAUGUUAUGAACAAAUUUUGAUUAGAAACAAACACGUUUAUCCAGUUCUACUCCACAUCAUCAGGGAAAGAAAUUAAGGCCAAAUUUCAUUUUUCGCAAUGAUCUAUAUUAGCCCGCCACUGCUGAUAAUGACUGGUUCUACUUGACCAGAAUUGGUAUUUAGGGAUAUGCAGUUUUAGCUGGAAUAUUGCUGAGUUGAUAAAAUAACAUUCACUCAACCCACUUCAUUGAGAGUCAGAUCACGGGCUGGGAAUGUGAGUAUGAUGCGAUGUUUUACAAUUGUGAAACAGGUCAUCAUUACUAAUUAGAGAAUCUGGCCAUC